AUGAAGUUCCAAAUCGCAUGCGUCCUCUCCCUCAUGGCCUAUUCGGCCGCCGCCUUGCCCGCCGGCACGAAGCCGGGCACCAUCGUCCAGGACACGCAGGGCGUGAAGCUCCGCGACGGCGAGGUCUGCAAGGCGACCUCGACCGAAGGCGUCCUGGCGUGCCACGACCCGAGCGGCGCCAGCUUCAACAUUAACCUGCGUCUGAGGCCCAGCGAGUUCUGCACGCCGAUCGACAACCAGCCGGGUGUUUUCGGCUGCAACGGCGGUCAGGGCGGUACCUUCAACAUGGUCAACGGCAAGCGGCAGAAGAGGUCAGUUGAGGUCGAGGAGAACGAGGAAGAUGAGGCCGUUGAAGCACGGUCGCCCAAGAUCCGCACUGAUUCAAGGGCAACAAGUUUGACGACAUUAUUUGCAUUGUCAACGGGAAACUUAUUUGCCUGUCCCGCCGGCUAA